AUGAGUUGCACAAUUGAAAAAGCCUUAGCAGAUGCAAAAGCACUGGUGGAACGGCUAAGAGAACAUGACAAUGCAGCAGAAGCUCUUAUUGAACAGACUACAGCUCUUAACAAGCGGGUUGAAGCAAUGAAACAGUACCAAGAAGAAAUUCAAGAGCUCAAUGAAGUAGCAAGACAUCGUCCUCGGUCUACGUUAGUGAUGGGUAUCCAACAAGAAAACAGACAGAUUAGGGAAUUGCAACAGGAAAAUAAAGAACUACGCACAUCUCUUGAAGAACAUCAGUCUGCUUUGGAACUAAUAAUGAGCAAGUACAGAGAACAGAUGUUUAGGUUGCUUAUGGCAAGCAAAAAGGAUGAUCCAAGUAUAAUAAUGAAGUUAAAAGAGCAACAUUCCAAGGAGCUGCAAGUGCAUGUGGACCAAAUUACAGAAAUGGCAGCAGUAAUGAGAAAAGCCAUUGAAAUUGAUGAAAAGCAUGGCUGUAAAGAGCAGGAACGUAUAAUUCAGCUUGAGCAAGAAAACAAAGGCUUGAGAGAAAUUCUUCAAAUAACUAGAGAAUCAUUCCUGAACCUCAAGAAAGAAGAUGCAUCAGAGAGUACGACUCUGUCAGGAUUAGUAACAAGCAGUGAUUUGAGCCUGAGGAAAAGCUAAAGACUGUGGAAGUCAACAAGCUUCAAUUGCACACUUUACAAACAGAGUAUCAGGGGUCACUUGUCAAGCACUUGUUACUGAAUAGGGCACCAGCAAGCUAAUGCAUCUUAAACUCCAGUUUAGUGGCUUUUAUGCUGCGUAAAAUACAUUAAAAUUGGUAUUCUACAAAAACCUUAGUGACAGAUUAGUUGCCAUAGAUCUAACUUCAGUAGGAAAUGGAUUAAUGUGCUUACUGAAUGGGGAAUUAUUUUUAUAUGAAGUCAUUUUACAGAUAAGAGACAAGAUUUCACAGAAUUUAUAUACAUUACUGCUCAUAAAAAGUUUCAGUGCACCUAAUAAAGGUAAGACUUAAAGUCCAAUCUCCAGCUAAAAAGUAGUAACUUAUAAACAUGCUUUGUGCAGGAUCCACAUUACAUUUUUUCCUUUUAGUAAGCUUUUAAUAAAUUCUCAUUUUGCAACAAACCUGUUUAAUGAAAAGGGUAUUAUCAGCAGCAUAAAACUUAAGGCUUUCUGUUAUUUAGCCAGAGGGGUAUCCUGUUCAAAUAUAGGGCUAAUUGUUUAAGCCUAAGCAAUGCUUUUGCAGUUGU